ACAUCAGUCACCUGCUUUGAUCGGCUAUAAAGACUCACGCUGCCUCCACUCUCUAUCUGUCCUCCUAGAGCCUCUACCGUCUGAUCCCCAUCAUGGCUGUGACCAACCAACCAGGCAGAUACGCGCCCUCUGAGUUCCAGACCGGCCUGUGUGACUUCUGUGACGACUGUGGAACUUGCUGCUACGGUCUGUUCUGCUACGCGUGUCUCGGCUGCUCCAUCGCCAGCGCCAUGGACGAGUGCUGCCUGUGUGGUCUGGGCAUGACGAUCCGCAGCGUCUACAGGACCAAAUACAACAUCAACGGGUCACUGUGCAAUGACUUCAUGAUGACCUGGUGCUGUCCGAUCUGUGCCACCUGCCAGCUGAAGAGAGACAUCGACCGCAGGAAGGAGCAAAACCUUUUCUGAUUAAAUGCCGUGGAGACGCUGUUCUCAUAGAAGCCUUUGUUCAUUCAGCCCAUUCUCUCUCUGAUAAACAUGUAAAGUGGCGUUCUGUGUGAUUUGUUUCCGUUAACGGUGCCAUAAAUUGGCUAUCGACUCUAAUCCCUUUGAGGUUCAGUUAAACAUCAGUGAGUGGAAAACAGCGUGAUGAUUUACUGCUUGGGUGAUAUAAUAAAGUGUAUCUGAACUACAGCUGACAGGAUGUGGAUUCAAUAAGUUUAAAGAUGUUCUUGAAAUAAAAUAAACUCUUAAUUUGAAUCAG